AUGCCAGUCGAUAUCGGUUUCAUCACGGGAAUCGUUAUAAGCGGAAUUAUAAUAAUCGGUGUGAUUGGAAACGUUAUGACCUUAUUCGUGAUAAUCCGUUACAAACCGUUACGGAAUGAAACUGGAAUGUUUCUGGCAAAUCUCGCUGUGGCAGAUCUCUUGCAGUCGAUCAUUGGGAUGCCUCUGAUAGCUGCUUCAGCUUUUCACAAACUAUGGCUGUUUGGUGAAUCUCUUUGUGUAAUAAGUGGGUUGACCAACUCGCUCUUCUGUGUGACAUCUGUUUUGACGCUAACAGCAGUAUCUGUUGAUAGAUGGCUAUCAAUUGUAUACCCACUCCAGUACAGAAAUUGGUUGACUGUCAGAAGAGCAAGGUUUACAUUGGUUUACAUCUGGAUACAUGCUCUAUUUGUGGCGAUUCUUCCUGUGUUUGGUUGGUCAAGGUUUGUGAAAUCAGUUGAUUUUUAUCUUCUAGAUCUGGUCUGCAUUUUUCUGGGCCUUCAAUCAUUAACUACGGUGUAUGUUUAUUUGCCUUAUGAGUUCAUCUGUACAGUCCAAUGGGAAAGCGAUAAGAGUUACACGAUGUUUCUUAGCGCGACAAGUUUCGUGACACCCGUGAUCGUCGUGGUGCUGUGUUACUCAAGUGUCUUGAAAACCGCUCGUCGUAAAGCGCGCGAGGAACCACGUGUCACGGUUGGCCGAUUUAGUGGGUCGAAUGUGAAGCCUGGUACGAGUAGCACGGAAGAAGCUUUCGAUAAAAAUUGCGAUAAUUCAGGAAAAUAUGUUCGCGGAAAAGAAAAUCAUGUAUUCAUUUCAAAUUCAAAGAAGAGGUGGGAGAAAAGUGUCUUUGAGGAAUGUCAUAUCGGGCCGGAAAAAUCAGAAUCGACCUCACUUAAAAUGGAAGAACACCAUGAUGAGAUUGAACGUGACUCUGAGCUGAGUUCGACAUCUACGAUUCGGAAAAAAGAAACAAAGAGAAAAUCCUCAUCUAGAGUCGUUCCCUCGAGUACAAGUGGAGUGGCUCAAUUAAAUACUGUCGUAGCAGCCAAAGGUUGCUCUAAAAUGGCUGGAAAAGGCAAACACCCCAGGAACUUUAGUAUCCCUUCCUCUCGUAGAACUGGGACGUCCCGUGUUAAUAAAGUUGACGUCGCUGCACCGGUAAUAAACCGCUGGACAGAGGAUAUCUCUCCAAGGAAGGAAUCGACGGUUAUUCCAGAAGAAACCGAGGGAAAGAGAUACCCUCUUUCCCGAACAAUAACAGCUACCGCCGGGCUGCCGGAACCCCUCGCUCGAAUGCGCGGAUGGAUGAACGAGCGGAAAAAGGGAGACGGGCGACAUAAGAGGAAGGAGAUGAAGAUCACGUUUAUCCUGCUUGUGGUAAAUGGCACGUUCCUUCUCUGUUGGUUUCCUCAUUUUAUUGGAAUGAUGUGUUUAACCUUUACAAACGGCUUGUGCCCAUUCCCCGACAGUUACCACAUCAUCACCACCACGCUGGCUAUGUUGAACAGCGGUUGCAACCCAUUUAUAUAUACCCUGACUUACCGGAAAUUCAGAAGUGGGUUUCAGGCAGUAAUUCCAUGUUUUCGCUCUCAUAACGCUGCUGAAUUAGAAAAUUCUGUGGAUUAA